AUGGUAGAACCUAUUGCUGUUGUUGGCUUCAGUUUCCGCCUUCCAGGUGAUGCGAACACCCCCGACAGAUUAUGGGAACUUCUCGCAAAUGGUGAACAAGCAUGGACGGACGUGCCAGAAAGUCGGUAUCGUUGGCAGGCGUUUCACAGCGCUGACCAAGAUGGAAGAGGGACUCACAAUGCUCGGGGGGGAUUUUUCCUAAAGCAAGAUAUUGCAGAGUUCGACGCCAAGUUUUUUGGAAUACCUGACACCGAGGCUGCCGCUAUAGACCCUCAACAGCGACUGCUCCUUGAGGUUUCCUACGAGGCAUUGGAGAAUGCAGGAAUGCCCAUUGAGACUCUCCGAGGUUCUCAAACUGGCGUUUAUAUCGCUCUUGUCAGCCGCGAUUACGACCGCCAAAUAUACAAAGAUCCAAGCCAAAUUCCAAAGCAUCACUUGACUGGUUGUGGGGAUGCAGUGGCUUGUGGAAGGAUAUCUUAUACUUUUGAUUUCAAGGGGCCUUGUAUGGCCAUUGAUACCGGUUGCUCAGGUGGCAUGGUAGGAGUACACCUUGCCUGUCAAGCUCUUCGUCUUGGAGAGUCGGACAUGGCACUCGUGGGAGGUUCAAACCUGCUCUUGGGACCAGAUAUGACAAUUGCCAUGAGUAAUCUUCAUAUGUUGAAUGAGAAUGGCCGUUGCUACCCAUUCGACAGUCGUGGUGCUGGUUACGGACGUGCAGAGGGAGUGGCUGUCCUAGUUCUGAAAAGACUUAGUGAUGCAGAAAGAGAUGACGAUGCUAUCAGAGCAGUCAUAUUGAGCUCUGGAGUCGGACAAGAUGGCAAGACUAACGGUAUCUUGCUUCCAAAUUCCAAUGCCCAGCAGCAAUUGGCAGCUAAUCUCUAUAAACGAGGCGGAUAUGAUCCACAACGAGUUGCAUAUGUGGAGAUGCACGGAACUGGUACAGCUGCGGGUGACUCAGCGGAGAUUAGAUCUAUCAGGCAAGUAUUUGUUGGUGAUGGGUCAAGAAGACAACAUCCCUUGAAUGUUGGGUCAAUAAAAUCCAAUCUUGGUCAUUCGGAGAGUACAAGCGGCCUCUCUGGGAUUAUAAGUGCUAUAUUGUCAAUGGAGAGGUCUCUUAUUCCACCUGUCGCUGCACUAAAGGUCCUAAAGCCAGAUGUUUCACUCAUGAUCGAUGAUGGUAAAAUUCAGAUCCCUCAAAGGGUUCAAGACUGGCCAGCUGGCAGCCCACGGCUAGCAAGCGUGAACAGCUUUGGAUUCGGUGGCACAAACGCGCAUGUCAUAUUAGAGGGCUAUUCGAAAGGUCCAAACGCGGCGACCCACUACCUCAGGCCUGCUUCUGCCGGUGUCAAUGGAUGUCUGACCGGAAACGGACCCAGUGGCAAUGAGGCAAGCUCCAGCUACCAAGACGAAACAUUGGAGCAGACACACCUGGUCAAUGGGUCCUAUGCCGAUACUGAAACCCCUUUUCUCCUUGUCAUCACAGCAAAGUCAAAGGAAUCUCUAAAGGCUAUGGUAGAAGGCAUUCGCUCUUGGGUCAAAAUACAUGGCUCCGAGCCGUCUGCAUUAUUCAACUUGUCGAAAACCCUUGCUAUUCGACGCUCUGCGUUCAAUUGGCGCGCUAGCGUUGUCGGGAGAAGGCAAUCAGAGAUCAUUGCUGGCCUGGGCACUGUCCGACCGAAUAAGGCUUUCGCGAGUCCCAAGCCCGUCUUUCUCUUCACAGGUCAAGGGGCACAGUACGCCACGAUGGGACGGGAUUUACUGCACCUAAAAUCGGCAUUUUUGUAUUCCUUGCAAAAAUCUCAGGCGAUCUUACACGGUCUGGGGGCUUCAUGGGAUCUGAUAGACGAGCUUCGUAAGCCCGAGCCAAAAUCCAGAAUCAACUCAAGCCAGGUCUCUCAACCCGCGACUACUGCUAUUCAGAUUGCACUUAUACAUCUUCUUGCCCAAUUAGGAGUCCGUCCCGCGGCUGUCCUUGGGCAUUCCAGCGGAGAAGUUGCUGCAGCCUAUGCUGCAGGUAUGCUAAGUCAUGAGGCCGCUCUGCAAAUAGCAUAUCACAAAGGUUUUGUCGCAGAUUGGUGCCGCGCGUCCAUCAAUGGCAAAGGAGCCAUGCUUGCUGUUGGUUUGGGAGAGACAGACGCUACCAGAUACCUAGAUAGCAUCUUCUCAGGGCGAGCAUCGGUCGCUUGUGUCAAUAGUCCUUCCAGUGUGACCAUAUCAGGUGACGAAGCUGCAGUAAUAGAGUUGAAGACGGCCUUGGAUAAGGAUUCCAUCUUCAACAGGCGCCUCAAGGUGGACAUUGCCUACCAUUCUCACCAUAUGCUCGCGGUAGCUACAGAAUUCGAGAAGUCCAUCAUGGGGCUGACAGCGUCGGCUCCUAGUGCGCAGACAAAAUUCUUCUCUUCGGUGAAAGGCCAACAGAAUGGAGAAGCAACCGGUGCGCUGUAUUGGGUCGAUAAUCUGAUCUCUAAGGUCCGUUUUUCAGAGGGACUUGAGCAACUUGCCAGCUUAUGCGGCAAAGACAAUCAGCCUCUCACCUUCAUUGAGGUUGGACCACACAGUGCUCUAGAAGGCCCUGUGCGUCAGACAAUGGCAGCUUGUCGAGAAACGUACAAUUGGUCUUACUCACCAACCCUGGUGCGCAAUCGGGAUGCUUGUCAGGCAGUCGUUGAGAUGAGCGGUCGAAUUUGGGAACAGGGUGUAGCAGUUAAUCUCUCUGAGUCAACUGUUGUCCAGAAUCAGACUCACCACUACUUCAGGAUCAUCACAAACCUACCUGCAUACCCAUGGGACCACUCGAAGAGAUAUUGGCAUGAAUCCAGACUGAGCAAAGAUUACAGAUUUCGUCAGCAUCCACCUCAUGAUCUUCUUGGAUUACAGUUAGUUGGUACUACAGCCAUAGAGCCUGUAUUCCGCCUUAUACUCAGUGUCGACGAUCUUCCUUGGUUGCAAGAACACAUGAUUGACGGGUUUGCCUUGUAUCCUGGAUCUGCCUUCUUAGUGCAUGCUAUUGAGGGAAUCAAGCAGUUACUUGAGGGUGGCGGAGAAAGGAAAACAAUUAAGCGCUACCACCUCAAAAACGUCAAAUUUACAAAGUCUAUCGUGGUUCCAGAUUCACCAGGUACUGUUGAGCUUCUACUCAGUCUGGGAGCAGUCAGAGAGACCGGCGAGAGGCUAGGUAUAUCGUGGUAUAAUUUUCGAAUUACCUCUCUGGCCGCCGAAGGCGCCUGGAACGAUAACUGUCACGGAUUGAUUGGCUGCGAGUUUGCACCGGAGGUCAGAGUGGACGAAAAAAAAUCCAGAUCUACGUCGACCGAGUCGCGAGUCGAUGAACUUGCAGAUGAUUGUUUUGAGCAAAUAAAAACAUCCGAUCUUUACGCUGGUCUGCGUCAGAAUGGCAUUGAUUAUGGUGAAAACUUCUCCAUUAUCAGAACUUUGAAAAUGGGUAGUCACCUCGCCAUCGGCACCAUUCAAAUUCCAAAUAUCGCAAGGUGCAUGCCUUCAGGGCAGAUGAAACCACACGUGAUUCAUCCCACCACCUUCGACGCCUUUAUGCAUAUCGCUCUUCCACUGUAUCAUCGAUUUUGCAGCGAGGGUCCAGUGAUGCUCACUUCCAUUGGAGAGGCGUCGAUCGCAGCCAGCAUAUCGAACAAGCCAGGAGACCGCCUGACUAUACUCUGUGAUCUUAGACAGGUUCAUCCCAAGUUCGGAGCAGUCAAUGUAUCAAUUCUGCAAGAAGAUAGCCGUGGGGAGAUGAUCGAGGUUGGCUCCCUGACUAACGAAGAGUUCCGAGGAAUUGGUGAUGGUUCGUCAAAGAUCAAGAGCACAACUGCAGAGGCCAACGGCAGUUAUAUCGCGAAUUGGGUCCCUGCUCAGAGGACCGCAGGCGCUUCGAAGGACUUGUUACAUUCUACUCUGCAGUUAUGUUCUUUCAACCCUAUCGACGCAGGUUCUGGAUUAGUUGAAGAGCUUGUUGGUAACCUUACCGAACGGUUCGGCGAUGCCAUCAUCCCUUGGAGCCGCGAUCUUGCAGCUCCAAGCGCGAUUCAGGUUGUCUUUGAAGACAGUUCCACACCCAAGCCAUCAAUUGCAGAUAUGAAGAUGCUCUUCUCUCAAACGAAAUCUGUACUUUGGCUUACCAUCUAUCGCAAUGAUGACCGCGAUUUCUCAGUUAGGUCCUUGGCACAAGACUUAGCAAUAGAUCAUGGAGUGCACUUGGUCUCCCUAGAGUAUCAUGAUGGUAGUAGAGACGCUGACCUCCUAGGGGAUCUCAUAGUUGAAGUCAUAACUACUUCGUUCAUCAAAGAAGACAACGCAAAGAUCCGGGAACUUAAGUUUAAAUUUGAACGAGGGGCAUUGUUCGUUCCGAGGCUGCAACGACAUGAAGCAUCUGAUCGCUGGUUGAAACCAACCUCUGAAGCUGAGUUUGAGGAAGUCUUGAGCAAUUUCCAUUGCGAAAAUCCUCUUAAACUGCACUUCAAGACGACUGGAUUACUGGGUAGUGCGCGAUUCGUGCCCAAUGUUGACGCUGAGAGUCCGACAGAACCUGAAGAAAUCAAGGUCAAAGUAUACGCCCAUGGGGUCAAUCGCAGCGAUGUUGCAGUUGCAUCUGCAAGAGGAAGUCCUACAGAUUCAAUGGUCGGCGAGUUUGCUGGAGUAGUAGUUGAGGUUGGCAGUGCCGCUCGGUCAAGAUAUAGCCCUGGUGAUCGCGUUUGCGGGUGGGGAGCAACGCCCUACGCAAGCAUCGUUCGGGUGCGCCAUGGUCUUGUGCAACACAUUGACGAUUCGAUCUCCUUUGAGCAAGGAGCUGCCAUACCUCUUGCAUUCCAAACCGCAUUCCAUGCUCUAGUUGAUAUUGCAAACCUCAAAACAUCACAGAGAAUACUAAUACACGGAGCUGCAGGAGCGGUGGGGCAAGCUGCGAUAUCAAUCGCUCAGCAACUUGGGGCGUACAUCUACGCCACGGUAGGAAGUGAAGAUAAGGCAAUAUUUUUAACCGAGAAAGCCGCGUUGAGUCGUCACUGCAUUUUCUCAAAUCGAGAUACCAAGUUUCAAAAGCAGAUCAACCAGCUUACAGGAGGCCAAGGUGUUGAUGUGGUUUUAAACUGUUCAUCAGGAGAUCUGCUUGAACCAAGUGUUGCCUGUACUGCAGAACUCGGUGUCAUAAUCAGUGUCGUGAAGUCUAAUGUCACUUCUCAAAUGCCGAGCCGCGACCAGAAUAUUUCAUACGCCAAUGUCAACAUGAAUGCACUAAAAACAAAGUUUCCAGAACUCUUAUCCGAUAUAUUUGGAAAGGCGAUUGCUAUGUACAAGGCUGGACCUCAAAAAUGCCCCUCCAUCAAUGUUAUGCCAAUCAGCGACCUCGAGAAGGCCUUCAGAUUGGUGAAAACCGAAAAAUAUGUAGGGAAAGUCGUCUUGGUCUCUGACGAUGACGCAUAUGUGCAGCAAGAAAUACCUCUUAUCAGGCCCAUGAAGCUCGACAAAACCGCAACAUACGGAGUUCUUGGAGCGUCCCCCAGUAUUGAGCAGAGCCUGCGCGAAUUCCUUGUGGAUCGGGGAGCAGGAAAUACAGUGAGUCUCGCUUUCACGGAUUUGGAUACCUUAAGCGUUCAGCCGCCGAUCAAAGGGAUUAUAUACAUCGAGCCAACAGUUGGGGCAAGCUGCAUUGAUAUUGCACAUCGAUCUAAGCUUUGGGGCGAAUUGUUCCGACAGCACAAGCCUGACUUCGUUCUCACACUCUCACAAGAUAUACAGAGGACCAAACAAGCAAUCACAUGGACUAUGCAGACUAAUGUAAAAUCUAGCCGGGAGGAGGGGAACAUUGUUCAUCAUGAACCGCGUGACUUCAUUCUACGAACCGCGAAUAUCGACCAACUAGAAUGCAAUGACCAGGUCUCUAUCAACCAAAACCCAUCCCGGCGACAGACGGAUCUUUAUAAAAUGAUUGACUUCCUCUUGAACACUGGGAAGGAAACACGCAGUCCCACGGAACUCUUCAUGGUUCCAAGAGAAAUGGGAAAUCUGGGCCUAAGAAAUGCGCUUUUCACUGACAUUGUCAAAGCUGAGCAGGACUCAACGGCGGACGAAAAUAGGUCAGAAUCCACGACAUUAGAAAAUAAACUCAGACAAGCAAGUGACCUUGAAACUGCUAGGUGCCUGCUUGCGUCAGUUGUCUGUGACCAGCUUGCCACCUUCUGCGCUGUUGAUCGCGACGAUAUACGAUUGGAUACAGCAAUUGUUGAUGUAGGACUCGACUCCCUGUUGGCAAUAGAGUUCAAGAACUGGAUCAUGCGUACACUACAAGCUCCAAUGCAAACUACAGAGAUUUUGGAUGCCUCGAGUCUAAAAGAUUUGGUACUGUUGAUAUCUCAGAGGUCUGAGCUUGUCAGAAGUGGCUCUGAAGAUACAAACGGCCUCCAUGUCAAUGGGAACAGCGAAAGGCCGACUAUGAGAACCCCAACAGAGGGCAAACACCCUGAUCACUCCGCAGGGGUCUUGCCACCACCUUUGCCAUUGCCGAAAUUGGAAGACCUCAUCGAGAGGCAUCUAUCUUCCAUUCGGCCUUUUGCAUCUGAUGAGGAGUUCAGCAACUCGCUACGCUUGGCUGCUGAAUUUCGCGCCGAGGGAGGACCAGGUGCCCGCCUCUACGAACGAAUGCAAGCUCUGAAAGCAGGCGAUCCGGAAAAUUGGUACCAUGACUUGUUCCUUAACAAUCAGUAUCUCUGUCGCCCAGGUCCACUAGCCCCAUAUACGCUAUUCUUCUUCACCCAUCCCAUAAGCGAAAUAACACACUCGCAAUCAGAAAGGUCGGCUCUUAUCGCAUCGACUCUGAUCCGAUACAAGAAGAAUCUCGAGAAAGGGACAAUCAAGCCGCGGUACAUGAAUGAGCAGCCACUAUGCAUGGACCUGUAUAAGAAUCUAUUCAGCGCUUGCCGCGAGCCCAAAGCUGAUCUUGACGUGUUUGAAGCUCACCCAGGCAACGACUUCUUCGUGGUUCUCCGGCGAGGGCACGCAUAUAAAAUUGAUGUUGCCUCAGUGGAUGAUCGGGAUAUGUUCAGUCAACUGGAAGCUACCUUCACGAGCAUUCUAAACAUUGAUCUGAAGGAUGUAGACUGGUUAGGAAUCUUGUCUGGAGAGCAUCGAAACAACUGGGCUCAGAACUAUCGAGAUUUUCUUUACCACAGCACCCAAAAUCUUGAGUAUAUCCAGACUAUUCAGCGGUCAGCGUUCAUUAUUUGUUUGGAUGAAAGGUCUCCCGAGAACGCGGAACAACGGGCGCGCCAGGUCCACUUCGGUGAUGGUUCGAAUAGGUGGUUCGACAAGAGCAUUCAAUAUAUCGUGUGUUCUAAUGGCAUAUCUGGCAUCCUGGCCGAUCAUACUGGGCUAGAUGCACCAACAGUAGCAGACAUCAACCUGAGCAUUGCGAGAGCAAUACGUGGUUAUAGUCGAAGCUCGGCAAACAAUAUGAAGCAUGCUCUACCGUUCAAGAAAGUUGUGCACACGAGCUUCGUUGGGUACGAAUCAAAUGUUCAGCGGGUUCGAGUAAAAUAUCUGCAAACCAUUGCGAAGCGGCAGCACUUCUUUACAUCACUAAACUGUGGGUCCUCUUUCAUGAGAAAAUACAAGGUCCCCCCAAACAGUGUCUUCCAACUCGUUGUCCAACUAGCUGCUCGACACUUCUUCGGCUAUGUACCAGCAUGUUGGGAGACAGUCUUGCAAACGAUUUUUCACAAGGGUCGAGUGGAGAUCAACCAAGUGGUCUCCGUUGAGGUUGCUGAAUUUGUGAAUGCUGCAGCCGAUGAGACUACUCCAUUGUCACUGUGCAGGCAAAAGUUGAUAGAGGCGGCGCGCCGGCACUCUGGGAAUAUACUCGCAGCAACAAGAUCUGGUGGCUUCGACCGUUUUCUUUCACUGCUCAGAGAAAUCGGCAAGGACGGUGAAAAGGACCUUGAACUAUACAAGGACCCUCCUUACACGCGCUCACGCCCAAGGAAGAUUAUGAGCAGCUGCUUUAAGACUCAUAUGGCCGAGAACGGCUGCGUUCAACGCGACGACGAUUCAAUCUGGCUACAUUUCGAAGUUGAGUCAGACAGUGUAAAAUUCUCUGGGCUUGGAGAAGCCGGCCAGACUGACAGAUUUGUCGAAGAUUUACAACGGGCAGCAAAGAGAGUGCGGGAGAUUUUGUUGUACGACGGCAUGGCAAACUAG